UGACGCUGUCGGAGAAGAAGGAGAGAGACAGUGACUUUAUUCCACAAGUUCACAGGGAGAAUUCCAGAGUAACAGCUCCAUGAUGGAGCAUCACUCCAGCAGUGGAGGAGGAACCUUUCACCCAAUUGUAAAGUGUGCAGGAUCUCCAGAGCACAGCUGUGUGUCUAUAAAGAGUGACUGGUCCAUGGGGAUCCCACCUGGAUUCAGCAGAGGUGAAGGAGAAGCCAGCUGUAUCUCUAUGAAGAGUGACCAGUCUAUUGGGGACCUUCCUGCAUACAGCAGUGAAACUGGACAUUCUGACCCAGAGCAGUGCUCCACAGAAACUGCACUGCAGAUAAACACUCUGUUGGAGGAAACUGGAGACCUGAAUCAGGAUUCUUACCAACCAGUGGAUGAUGUUCUACUCAGAGUCUUACAGAGACACAAAAUCAGCAUGAAGAACAAGUGCGAGAGCUUAUUUGAGGGAAAAAAAACAGAAGAGAAUAAAACUCUCCUGAACAGGAUUUACACUCAGCUCUACAUCACAGAGGGAGAGAGUGAAGGAGUGAAUGAAGAACACGAGGUUCGACAGAUGGAGAAAACAUCCAGGAGACGCUUACAAGACUCUCCAAUCAACUGCUCAGACAUCUUUAAACCUCUACAAGGUCCUGAAGGAAAAACACGAGAAGAGACCAUUAGAGCUGUGAAGGCUGACAGACUCAGACACAGAGAAAGAGAAGAUCACAGACCAGAAGAGCCAGAGCUCAGAGCUGUUCUGACUAAAGGCAUCGCUGGAAUUGGAAAAACUGUCUCUGUGCAGAAGUUCAUUCUGGACUGGGCUGAAGAAAAAGCCAAUCAGGAUGUAGAGAUCAUGAUUGUGCUUCCGUUCCGGGAGCUGAACCUGAUUAAAGAUGAUCAAUACAGUCUUCAUGGACUUCUGUGUGACUUCCAUCCUGAGCUCAAAGAUCUGGACCCAGAGAUUUAUGAUCAGAUCAAAGCUGUGUUUAUAUUUGAUGGUCUGGAUGAAAGCAGAAUUCCACUGAACUUUAAACAGUGUGACAAAGUAUCUGACAUCACCAUGACAUCAUCGGUGGGAGUGUUGAUGACAAACCUCAUCAAAGGAGAGCUGCUUCCCUCUGCUCUGAUCUGGAUAACCUCCCGACCAGCAGCAGCCAAUCAGAUCCCUCCUAAAUACAUCAACCGUGUGACAGAGAUUCAGGGAUUCAGUGACCCACAGAAGGAGGAGUACUUCAGGAAGAGGAUCAGUAAUGAAGACCAAGCCCAGAGAAUCAUCUCCCACAUUAAGACAGUGAGGAGCCUCCACAUCAUGUGCCACAUUCCAGUCUUCUGCUGGAUCUCAGCCACUGUUCUUCAGAGAAUCAUGAAACAGCAUCAUACAGAAAUCCCAAAAACUCUGACUGAAAUGUACUCACACUUCCUGAUCACUCAGACCAACAUGAAGAACGAGAAGUAUGAGGAGGAAGACGAGAGAAACCCAAAGAACCUGCUGGAGUCCAACAGAACCGUUCUUCUGAAACUGGCUGAACUGGCUUUCAAACAGCUGAUGAAGGGCAAUGUGAUGUUCUAUGAAGAGGACCUGAGAGAGAGCAGCAUUGAUGUCACUGAGGCCUCAGUGUAUUCUGGGAUUUUCACUGAGAUCUUUAGGGAGGAAUGUGUGGUUCACCAGAGGAAGGUCUACUGCUUUGUUCAUCUGAGCUUUCAGGAGUUCCUGGCUGCUGUCUAUGUGUUUCACUGCUAUGAGAUCAAGAACAUGGAAGCUCUGCAGAUGUUCCUGUAUGUUGAUCAUGAUCACGGUCCCCAAAAAUAUAAUUAUAUUACAUUUCUCCCUCACCAAAUCUGGCCUAUGACACAUAAGCACAGAAAGGGGUUUGAGAAUGUUCCACUGCAUAAGUUGCUGAAGAGAGCAGUGAAUAAAGCAGUAAAGAGUCAGAAUGGACAGCUGGAUCUUUUCCUCCGUUUCCUGCUGGGCCUCACACUGGAGUCCAAUCAGAGACUCCUACAGGGUCUACUGACCCCAACACAGAACAACUCAGAGAAAAUCACAGUGUAUGUCAAGAAACUAAUCAAAGAGGAUAAUAAACAAUAUUACAUUUCAACUGAUAGAUCAAUCAAUCUGUUCCUCUGUCUGUCUGAGAUGAAUGACCAGUCUCUCUCCAGAGAGCUUCAGGAGUAUCUAAAAUCACAGAGACACUCAGAGGAGAAACUCUCUCCUGGACAGUGUUCAGCAUUAGCCUGUGUGUUCCUGACCUCAGGGGAGGUUCUGGAUGAGCUGGACCUGAAGAAAUACAACACAUCAGAGGAGGGUUAUAGGAGACUGAUCCCAGCUCUGACUGUCUGCAGAAAAGCUUGUCUAACUGGCUAUAAUCUCACCAAGGACUCUUAUAAAACUCUUUGCUCAGCCCUACAAUCUGUAAACUCUUCCCUGAAAGAGCUGGACCUCAGUAAUAAUAACGCAUGGGAUUCAGGAGUGGAGCUCCUCUCUGCUGGACUAAAGAGUUCACACUGUAAACUACAGACUCUCAGAAUAACUAUCUGUAAUCUUGGGGACAAAGCUUGUGAAAGUCUGGGAUCAGCUCUACAAUCAGCAAACUUUUCUCUAAAAGAGCUAGACCUCAGUAACAAUGAUCUGCAGGAUUCAGGGGUGAAGCUGCUCUCUACUGGACUGAAAAAUCCACACUGUAAACUAGACAUACUCAGAUUGUCUGGUUGUAUGGUUACAAAUGAUGGCUGUUCUACUCUGGCAUCAGCUCUGAAAAUUAACCCCUUACAUCUGAGAGAACUGGAUUUGACCUAUAAUCACCCAGGAGAGUCUGGAGUGAAGCUGCUGUCUGAUCUAAAGGAUGAUCCACAAUUCACACUGGAUACACUCUGGGUGGAUCAUGGGGGGAAGAUCAGGGUGAAGCCAGGAUUGAAGAAAUAUGCUGUUGAUCUCACUCUGGAUCCAAACACAGUGAACAGGCGUCUCUCUCUGUCUGAGAGGAACAGAAAGGUGAAGAAUACAUGGUAUCAGCAUUAUCCAGAUCAUCCAGACAGAUUUGAAUACUGGAAGCAGGUUCUGAGUGUGGAGAGUCUGACUGGACGCUGUUACUGGGAGGUUCAGUGGAGCGGAGAUGAUGGAGCUGCUAUUUCAGUGUCAUACAGUGGAAUCAGGAGGAAAGGAGGCAGUCACUGUGAGUUUGGAUACAAUAAUCAGUCCUGGAGUCUGUACUGCACUACUAACACUUACACUGUCUGGCACAAUAAACAUAAAACUGAUCUACCUGGGCCCCCCUCCCCCUCUAACAAAGUAGGAGUGUAUCUGGACUGGGGGUCUGGCACUGUGUCCUUCUACAGCAUCUCCCUUGAUACACACACACUGAUACACCUACACACAUUCACCACCACAUUCACUGAGCCACUCUACGCUGGGAUUAGAGUUUACUCUGGCUCUGUGUGUUUGUGUGAUAGAAUAACCUCCUGAAAUCUGGAGGAAAAACUGAAACACCAGAAACACACACUACUAUGUGUGUCACAGCAGACUGUAUGUAAGUGAUAAUACAUGUAAUUAGAAUUUAGUUCAGUCUAUAGUACUAGUAGUGUACCAAAUACUACAGAUAU